AACCACAAAACGCAGCGAUUGCGGAAAUUUUCCAGCGCCAUUGGCUGGGAAGCGUGAGUCCUUCGGUCGGGCGUGAUUUCAGCACCGGGGGGACUGGACAGCACCUCGGGGGGACUUCUGGGCAACCGGCAACCACAGCAAGAACUCCACCAGCAGCCUCAACAACAGAAGCCGCGGAAAACCCUGCUUUGUAUCAGAGAGGCAAGGAUGGUCGCUGUUACUUUGUGAUGAGAUCGGGGAUGAAUUGCUCGCUUUAAAAAUGCUGCUUUGGAUUCUGUUGCUGGAGACGUCUCUUUGUUUUGCCGCUGGAAACGUUACAGGGGACGUUUGCAAAGAGAAGAUCUGUUCCUGCAAUGAGAUAGAAGGGGACCUACACGUAGACUGUGAAAAAAAAGGCUUCACAAGUCUGCAGCGUUUCACUGCCCCGACUUCCCAGUUUUACCAUUUAUUUCUGCAUGGCAAUUCCCUCACUCGACUUUUCCCUAAUGAGUUCGCUAACUUUUAUAAUGCGGUUAGUUUGCACAUGGAAAACAAUGGCUUGCAUGAAAUCGUUCCGGGGGCUUUUCUGGGGCUGCAGCUGGUGAAAAGGCUGCACAUCAACAACAACAAGAUCAAGUCUUUUCGAAAGCAGACUUUUCUGGGGCUGGAUGAUCUGGAAUAUCUCCAGGCUGAUUUUAAUUUAUUACGAGAUAUAGACCCGGGGGCCUUCCAGGACUUGAACAAGCUGGAGGUGCUCAUUUUAAAUGACAAUCUCAUCAGCACCCUACCUGCCAAUGUGUUCCAGUAUGUGCCCAUCACCCACCUCGACCUCCGGGGUAACAGGCUGAAAACGCUGCCCUAUGAGGAGGUCUUGGAGCAAAUCCCUGGUAUUGCGGAGAUCCUGCUAGAGGAUAACCCUUGGGACUGCACCUGUGAUCUGCUCUCCCUGAAAGAAUGGCUGGAAAACAUUCCCAAGAAUGCCCUGAUCGGCCGAGUGGUCUGCGAAGCCCCCACCAGACUGCAGGGUAAAGACCUCAAUGAAACCACCGAACAGGACUUGUGUCCUUUGAAAAACCGAGUGGAUUCUAGUCUCCCAGCACCCCCUGCCCAAGAAGAGACCUUUGCUCCUGGCCCCCUGCCAACCCCUUUCAAGACAAAUGGGCAAGAAGAUCAUGCCACCCCAGGGUCUGCUCCAAACGGAGGUACAAAGAUCCCAGGCAACUGGCAGAUCAAAAUCAGACCGACAGCAGCGAUAGCGACGGGUAGCGCCAGAAACAAACCCUUAGCUAACAGUUUGCCCUGCCCUGGGGGCUGCAGCUGCGACCACAUCCCAGGGUCGGGUUUAAAGAUGAACUGCAACAACCGGAACGUGAGCAGCUUGGCUGAUUUGAAGCCCAAGCUCUCUAACGUGCAGGAGCUUUUCCUACGAGAUAACAAGAUCCACAGCAUCCGAAAAUCGCACUUUGUGGAUUACAAGAACCUCAUUCUGUUGGAUCUGGGCAACAAUAACAUCGCUACUGUAGAGAACAACACUUUCAAGAACCUUUUGGACCUCAGGUGGCUAUAUAUGGAUAGCAAUUACCUGGACACGCUGUCCCGGGAGAAAUUCGCGGGGCUGCAAAACCUAGAGUACCUGAACGUGGAGUACAACGCGAUCCAGCUCAUCUUCCCGGGCACUUUCAAUGCCAUGCCCAAACUGAGGAUCCUCAUUCUCAACAACAACCUGCUGAGGUCCCUGCCUGUGGACGUGUUCGCUGGGGUCUCGCUCUCUAAACUCAGCCUGCACAACAAUUACUUCAUGUACCUCCCAGUGGCAGGGGUGCUGGACCAGUUAACCUCCAUCAUCCAGAUAGACCUCCACGGAAACCCCUGGGAGUGCUCCUGCACCAUUGUGCCUUUCAAGCAAUGGGCAGAACGCUUGGGUUCCGAAGUGCUGAUGAGCGACCUCAAGUGUGAGACGCCGGUGAACUUCUUUAGAAAGGAUUUCAUGCUCCUCUCCAAUGACGAGAUCUGCCCCCAGCUGUACGCUAGGAUCUCGCCCACGUUAACUUCGCACAGUAAAAACAGCACUGGGUUGGCGGAGACCGGGACGCACUCCAACUCCUACCUAGACACCAGCAGGGUGUCCAUCUCGGUGUUGGUCCCGGGACUGCUGCUGGUGUUUGUCACCUCCGCCUUCACCGUGGUGGGCAUGCUCGUGUUUAUCCUGAGGAACCGAAAGCGGUCCAAGAGACGAGAUGCCAACUCCUCCGCGUCCGAGAUUAAUUCCCUACAGACAGUCUGUGACUCUUCCUACUGGCACAAUGGGCCUUACAACGCAGAUGGGGCCCACAGAGUGUAUGACUGUGGCUCUCACUCGCUCUCAGACUAAGACCCCAACCCCGACAGGGGAGGGCAGAGGGAAGGCGAUACAUCCUCUCCCGCCGCAGGCACCCCCCCAGGGGCUGGAGGGACGUGUACCCAAAUCCAUCAGCCUGAAUGGGCAUAAGUAGAUAAAUAACUGAGUUCGCACAACCGAAAGGGGCUGACCCCUUACUUAGCUCCCUCCUGGAAACAAAGAGCAGACUGUGGCGAGCUGGGAGAGCGCAGCCAGCUCGCUCUUUGCUGAGAGCCCCUUUUGACAGAAAGCCCAGCACGACCCUGCUGGAAGAACUGACAGUGCCCUCGCCCUCGGCCCCAGGGCCUGUGGGGUUGGAUGCCGCGGUUCUAUACAUAUAUACAUAUAUCUACAUCUAUAUAGAAAGAUAGAUAUCUAUUUUUCCCCUGUGGAUUAGCCCCGUGAUGGCUCCCUGUUGGCUACGCAGGGAUGGGCAGUUGCACGAAGGCAUGAAUGUAUUGUAAAUAAGUAACUCUGACUUCCGACAAAAA